AUGUUGGAAGGAUUGAUUGCAACGUUGAUGAACCGAUUCCUGGGGAUGUAUAUCAAAAACUUUGAUAGUAAACAGCUGAACGUAGGAAUAUGGAGCGGGGAUGUGAAGUUACGGAACCUGGAGUUGAAAAAGGAGGCCUUAGAUCAAAUGAAGCUGCCUCUUAAUGUAUCAGAAGGUCAUUUAGGGCAAUUGACUUUACAAAUUCCAUGGAGUAAUCUCAAAGGGAAGCCGGUUAAAGUAAUCAUCGAGGAUGUAUACUUACUAGCAGCCCCAAAGGCCGACCAGGAGUAUGACGAAGAGGAAGAGGAACGUAGGCAACAAGCCGUAAAACAGGAAAAACUUCAGAACGCAGAACUUCUGCAAGAACGAAGCACUGAAGGAAUGUCUGAUGAGGAGCAACAAAAGAAUUCUAGUUUUACCAACAGUUUGAUAACCAAGAUUUUGGACAAUUUGCAAAUCACAGUCAAAAACAUUCAUAUAAGAUAUGAAGAUUCCAUUAGUACUCCGGGGCAUCCGUUCGCGCUUGGAUUUACUCUCGAAGAGUUUUCCGCCGUAUCUACAAAUGAACGCUGGGAGCCAAGCUACGUUCAAGACAAUGCCCCAGUAACCCACAAACUUGCUAAACUUGGGUCGCUCGCUAUUUAUUGGAAUACCGAUGCAGAACAUUUUCGCGGCGGCAAAAAGCCUAAAACUCAUGACGAAAUAAUAGAGGCGUUCAAAGGACUUAUCGCUAGUGGCGAUCACAUUCCAGAUGAUCAUCAAUUUGUUUUGAAACCAGUGAGUGGGGAGGGUCGUAUUGAGAUGAGUAAAACCGGUAAACCAGACAGGCCCAAAUUGAAGGCUCAAUUGAUAUUUGAUGAGAUUGGAUUCAUUCUUGACGAGGAUCAAUAUCGAGAUGUUCUUAUGAUGGUCGAUCUCUUCCAUUUUUACAUUCGCCACCAACAGUACAAGAAAUACCAGCCCAAGGGCGUUACACCAAAGGAAAACCCAAGGGCCUGGUUAAAGUUUGCCACAGAUGCUGUACUGGCUCAGAUUCACGAGAAGAAUAGACAGUGGUCGUGGGACUACUUUAGGGAAAGACGGGAUGAUAGGAAACGUUAUAUUGCACUUUUCAAGAAGCAAAAGAAAGAAGAACUACUAGAUCUGGACGAGGAGGAGGAAUUAAGAAAGCUGGAAUGGAAACUGUCCUACCAAGAUUUAAGGUUCUAUCGUUCACUAGCCAGGAACCAGCUUAGGAAAGAAAGGGCGUUGGUAAAGAAACCGGAGGAACAACAGAAACCACAGGGCUGGGUGGCAUGGGUGUGGGGGUCGGCCCCUAAAAAAGAGGAGGAACACGGCUCUAGUGAAGUCAUGACGGAGCAACAACGCAAGGAAUUAUACGAUGCUAUUGAUUGGGACGAGAAAAAGAUCAUUGCGGAGUCUAUUGACCUUCCUCGUGAAACAAUAAAAAUGCAGAUCGAGGCGAGUUUAAGGACUGGGAGUUUUACCCUCAAAAGAGACCCACAUGGGAAAGGAACGGAGAUUCUGUCUCUGCUUUUUGACGCUUUUCAGUCGAGGGUGUUGCAGCGCCCGGAUUCAUUCUACGGGGAGCUUAGUCUUGGAGGCCUCAGAGUUUAUGAUGGCACAACCCCAGGUUCUCUAUUUCCACAGAUCGUAAGAAUCAAGAACCAGCCAGCGCCUCCCGUGGAACAUCAUAUCGAAGAAUUGGACGACGAGCAAACAUCGGAACAACAGCUUCAGAAGGAGUUGGAAGCUCCUUUCUUCCAGGCUUCGUUUGAACAAAACCCCCUCGAUGAAAGUGCUGACUCUGCAAUCACAAUGAAGAUGAGGAGCAUGGAAAUCAUAUAUAAUCCCCGUUUUGUGGAAGAGAUAUUCAAGUUUUUUAAACCACCGGAGCGACACAUGGAAAGUAUCGGCGCACUGAUGGAAUCUGCUGGUGCCACCGUGGAGGGAAUUCGACAACAAACACGGGCUGGUCUGGAGUUUGCGUUGGAAGAGCACAAAACGCUUAAUGCCAAGCUGGAUCUACAAGCUCCUUUGAUUAUUAUUCCCGAGAGCUGUACUGAAAAAAUGGCUAACUGUUUAAUCCUUGACGCCGGUCAUGUCAGUAUAACGAGUGAUCUGGUAAAAAAGUCAGAUAUCAAAGAAAUACAAUCGAAACAGAGGCAAAGAUACAAUGACGAAGACUUUGCUCAGCUUGAGCGAUUAAUGUACGACAAGUUCUCCUUGAAAUUAGAAUCAACGCAGGUUCUAAUUGGGCCCUCUAUCGAAGAAACUGUUGCCCAGCUUCAAAAGAGUUCUGAUAGGAAACACCUUCAUAUCGUUGAUCGAAUUAAUAUUGAUUUUACAGUUGAGAUAUCGAUUCUUCCAAAAGCACCGAAUCUCACCAAAUUCCGGCUUUCGGGACAUCUUCCGGUUCUCCAUGCUUCCUUAUCAGACAAGAAGUAUAAAGCCCUAAUGAAAAUCAUUGACCUGGCAAUUCCGAACCUCGACGGUAGCGAACCAAGCACAUUGGAAAGACCAACAAAGCCACAAAUCCAACAAGCUCAACCCGAAGGAUAUGCAGAACUCCGGCGUCCAAGUGCCUUUCAGUUCUCUGCACAGAAGGAGCUGGUAUUAGAUGAUGAUAGUGACUCUGAUGACGAGCACGAGCAAUUUGAAGAAGCAUCAGACGGGAUUCCGGAUGAUUCGCCAAGCAUACAUCAACGAACAUUUGAACUCAAGUUCACCGUGGGGGAAUUACGGGGAUCACUUUUCAGGGCGGAUCCCGAAGGGGAAAGUCCAGACAAGGAGUUGGUCCUUUUGGUUGCAGAACAUUUUGCCUUAGAUUUCUACAUUAGACCAUUCGAUAUGGGAGCGGAAGUGGUCCUCAAAUCAUUGAACGUCGAGGAUCUGAUUGACGAGGACCCAUCACCGGAUUUUAAACGUAUAAUUACUUCUGACGCUAUGCAAGAACAGAAAAAUGACAACCCACUAUUCUUCGUCAAGUACGUCAAAGUCAAGCGCGAAUCACCAGAGUAUAUGACCGUUUUUGAAGCAAUUGAAACGAAUGUAGACGUAUCUAUCUCAACAAUUAAUGUGGUUGUAACACGAAAAACACUUCUCACCCUUCUUGAUUUCAUUAUUACAACGUUCACGAAUCCCGGUGCACCACCUGCACCACCCCAACCCCGAAGAAUUGAAGACCUGAAGGACGACAAAGAAGAGCAGGUAGAUCAGACCUUGGCUAAACUUGCUCCCGAGGCCGACAAAAUUCGCGUCAAGAUUGAUUUGGAUAGCAUUGCACUCAUCUUGAAUAAUGAUGGAAUUCGUUUAGCUACGUUGAGUCUUGCGAAGGCUGAUGUCGGAAUUUUUCUUAUGGGGAAAACUAUGCGAGUCGGAGCUCGUCUUGGAAACUUCUCCCUUUUUGACGACAUUAACGAAGGUGCAGGCGAAGCGUCGCCAUUACGUCAAUUGAUUAGUAUUCAAGGAGAGGAGCUUGCUGAUUUCCGAUAUGAAACUUUCGAUCCUGAUGUGAAGAGCUCAUACCCUGGGUACAAUUCAUCCGUUUACCUCCGCUCUGGUUCAAUCAAAAUAAACUUUGUGGAGGAACCAUUCCGAAAGAUCAUUCAGUUCGCAGUCAAGUUUGGGAAGAUGCAGGCUCUAUUCAAUGCGGCUAGACAGGCUGCUGUUAACCAAGCUAGUACACUGCAAGAAAAUGCCGACAAGAUGCAUUUUGACAUUAUAGUUCGAACACCGAUUAUAGUUUUCCCCAGGAUACUCACAAAAGAUAGUAUAGAGCGAGAUGUUCUGACAGCAUACUUGGGAGAGCUUUAUGCUCAGAACAAGUUCGUUCCACUUGAAGACGGUGAAGAAUCAGCAAUUGUAAAUAAAAUUUCGGCCGGUAUCAGGAAAACCCGACUUACAUCUGAGCUCCACUUCGAAGAUGGCCGGAAGGAACUGCUUGAGCUGCUUGAUAAACUAGACCUCACAUUCGCAAUCACAUAUAUGGAACACAUUGAGAACACAAAAAGGCCAGACUUAGUGAUAGAGAGUGGUAUGUCGGAUCUCAACUUGAAAUUGACCCAAACGCAAUUCAAAUUUCUCCUGGAGCUUUCUCGGUCAAUCCCGGCCGUGUUUGCUGGCGAGCUGGAUGAAGAAAAUGUUAUUGAGGAAUUGCCUUCCGAAACUUCAGAGCCGGCUAAAGAAGUGAUGGCGGAGAAAAACCAAGAGUCUUCAAAGUCAGAUCAAGCGGUACAUCUGAAUCCUGAAUUAGGGGUUGGGUCAGAUACUUGGACUAAGCUCGACAUGGUCUUCGAUGUUGGCAGUAUUGGAUUGGAGCUCUUCGUCUCUGAUCCCAAUAGUCCCAUCGAGGACCUCGAAGCAGCAAGUUUGUCACGAGCAUCAUUGAACAAAACACAUGUUAAAUUGAGGAUGAUCAGCGAUGGUUCAAUCGAGUCAGAGUUAUUGAUUGAGUCCUUCAACAUUGAGGAUAGUCGACGCCAAGAGUCCAACAAAUUCCGCAAGUUCAUGUCUUCAACCAACAAGGAAGGGUCUCAGUUUAUGGCUAGCUUUACGCUCUCCGGUGGAAUUGAGAGAAAUCUUGUUGCACUCCUCACAAUCGAUAGCCCUAGGAUCAUUUUUGCACUUGAUUAUAUAUUUGCAGUUCGAGACUAUGUGAUGUCUGGAUUGGAAAUAGAGGAAGGUACAUUGGCUGAAGCUCUUGAGGAGAGCUCAGGCAGUGAAGAAGAUUCGGACGAGAGUAAUAUGCGGCUCGCGGUUCCAUCAGACCGGAAAAUACAGUCGAUGGAAACCUCAAAGGCAGUAAAAAAGAGCGAUAAACCAAGUCCACAAACCCAACAAGGGAUCAAUAUAUCCUUUCGUGUUAACAUUGUCGACUCGCAGGUUAUCCUCAUUGCUAACCCGGCGAUCGCUAAUUCUGAGGCAAUAGUUCUCGGCACGAAACAGAUCUUGUUAUCUCAACAACAUGCAUUGACGCUUCAGGUUGAAGAAGUUGGGAUGUUCCUUUGCAGAAUGGACAAAUUUGAGACUAGUCGUCUUCGCAUUCUUGAUGACUUCACCUUAAACUUCUCUAUGGACAGUCGGACGCUCAGUCAAUUCCAGUCGGUUCAGAGUAUCCGCGUCGAGGUUGAGCCGCUGGUCCUCAGGGUAUCACUCAGGGAUAUAUUGCUGGCAACCCAGAUUUUCAACAAAGCCUCCGAAAUGUCUACCCCUAAACAAAGCGCUGAGGCACAAACUUCAGAACCGACAAAGAUAAAGCAGUUAAAGGGGUCAGGCAAAUCUUUGAAGCGGAGAACACCAAGUGGCAGGGGAGUUUCAACCAUGGUCAAAAAGGGAGCAAAGUCAUUCACUACCGGUAGGAGCAACAUUUCACAAAGAGGAGCAUCUGCCGGGGGUGGUUCAACUAUUGUCAAAAGAGAAGAAUUGACUGCAGAGUUUAACGGUAUGAGAGUUAUAUUGAUCGGCGAUCAACAUGAGCUGCCUCUAUUGGAUCUAAGUGUGAAGAAAUUCACUGCCAGGGUUAGGGAUUGGUCGGGAGAGAUGGAUGCCGAUACUAAUAUAGAGACAUUUGUAAACAUCUAUAAUUUCUCAAAAUCAGCUUGGGAGCCUCUGGUCGAGCCAUGGCAGCUUGGGUUUCAUAUGUCUCGAACGGCAAAUCCGGAGAAGUUCUCGAUUGACUUGGUUUCACGAAAGACUCUUGAAGUCACUAUCACUUCACAGACCAUUGCCCUCGCCUCGAAAGCCGCACAAUUCAUGCAACAGGAUGAAGAUAUGUUGACAAAGCCCCGUGGAGUUGAUUCUCCAUACCGCAUUCGAAACCAGACCGGUUUUACUUUGCAUGUUUGGGCUGCAUCAGAUUCUACUGAAAACCAAUCAAUGGCAAUCAAGCUUGACGACGGAGAACAAGCACCCUGGAGAUUCGAAGAAUGGGAGAAAAUGCGCGAGAAUUUAAGUCCUGAAGGAUCGAGUGGGAUAGUUGGAAUUAGAAUUGAGAAUUCCGGAUUUGAGAGCCUUGUUGAAAUUCCGGUAAACAAGGAGGGCGAAACAUUGUACACACUCCGCCCGGCAAAGGAUGGUAUUCUUCAUCGUCUUCUAUGUGAGGUUCACCUUGGAACGGAUAACAUCAAGCACAUCACUUUUAGAUCACCAUUGAGUCUACAAGGUCUUGCCAGGGGAAAGUCAGCCGGCCCCAAUCGAGGCAGCAUAUCACCAAUCGUUGGUAUUAAGACCAGAUGGCUUUGGAGGAACAACCCCAUUACCAAUCUUUAUCCUUAUAUGAAAAUUAAACUGUCCGCACCAUUGGAGGUCCAGAAUUUGCUUCCUUACGAUUUCAAAUUUAGGAUUUAUGAUAGGAAUACAAAGAAGGAAUGGACCAACUUCUUGCGCAAAGGAGGAUUGAGUCCGGUGCAUGUGGUGGAACUCUCUCAUUUGCUGCUUAUGAACAUUGACAUGCAGGACACUGUCUACAACGCCAGCGAAUUUGCAAUCAUAAAUUCAAACGACUCGGAGUUAGCUAAAGAGGACGAUCUUGUGGCAAAGGACAAUCAGGGGCUAGAAUUGAGGCUAGGACUUCAUUACCUUCCGAUCCCCGACAGUGGGGGUGCUUUCCGUGUUACUGUCUACAGCCAUUAUGUUAUUCUCAACAAAACAGGUUUGAACAUGAUGGUCAAGUCAAAAUCACUGCUGCAACAAGCGAAAGUAGCCGCGGGGCAAAUCCAAACAGGUUCCGGUUCUUCUCAAAAAGCAGUGCCAUUCUUAUUUUCAUACCCGAGUGAUGAGCGCCAGAACCGAGCUGUUCUCAGGGUUGGAGAUUCAAACUGGAGUAGACCCCAAAGUUUCGAGGCUAUAGGAAGCGUAACGGAUGUGGUUCUUCCAUCGAUUUCGAAAACAAGUGAAAUUCAUGUGGGUAUCUCGGUGGACGAAGGAGAGGGAAAGUACAACUUAACCAAAGUUGUGACGCUUGCCCCACGAUUCAUUUUGAGGAGCAAACUUUCUGAAGAUCUUCAAAUUCGGGAACCCGGUGCCGGAUCGACUGAAAUAAUGACAUUAAAACCCGGAGAGUUACUUCCGUUGCAUUUUCUGAAGGCUACUCAACAAAAGCAACUUACUUUCCUCUUUCCCGGCAUUAACAAUAGAUGGUCAUCGCCUUUCAACAUAUCUGACUUAGGGUCUACACAUGUCAAGAUGCAUAAGGCGAAUCAACGUCAGUCUCUUAUCAGGGUUGAUAUAUUACAGGAAAAAGCUACUAUUUUCAUUCACAUCAGUCUAGAGAAGAACAAUUGGCCAUACUCUAUGCGUAAUGAGAGUAAUCAGGAGUUUACUUUCUUUCAAGCCGACCCUCAUCUGGAUGAUGAUGAAGAUAGGCCGACCAACUUCCGACCGAUACUAUACAAGCUGCCGCCCCGAAGUAUUAUGCCCUAUGCAUGGGACUUUCCUGCCGCGAGAAAUAAGGAGUUAGUACUUGUAGUUCGCAACCACUCCAGACAUGUCCGCCUCUCAGAAAUCGGGAACCUUAUACCGUUCAAGAUUGAUAGCGAUACUGUAGGCGAAGAUGGGCGACCAUUACGAAAAAUAAUCGAGAUCAAUGUCAUCGCCGAUGGUCCUACUCAGACUCUUGUCCUAUCCAACUACAAGGCUUCUAAAAGUUUGUAUAAGCCAAAACCAAAUGUAUCUUCUAGUAGUGUUGCUACUGGUUUUGAAGUCAGAGAUGCGGACAACACAGAAACCUUCCAAGCGCAGCUUCGGUUUGCUGGUAUUGGAAUCUCAUUGAUCAACAGGCAGCUGAAAGAACUAGCCUACAUAACCUUCCGCGACUUAGAACUGAAAUUCGGCGAGUCUAAACUACAACAGAGCAUCACGUUAUUUAUCAAAUGGAUCCAAAUUGAUAAUCAGCUUUAUGGGGGAAUAUUUCCUAUCAUCAUGUAUCCUAGUGUGGUGCCUAAGACGGGCAAAGAGAUAGAUACUCACCCAUCCCUUCGAUUCGAAGUAACUCGGGUCAAAGAUGAUUCAUAUGGUGUUCUUUACAUUAAAUUGUUUAAUGUUUUGCUGCAACAAAUGACGGUUGAAAUUGACGAAGACUUCAUUUAUGCACUGCUAGACUUCUCGAAGAUCUCCGGCGCAAGUUGGUCUGAAAGAGAGGAGGGAAAGCUGUGUGACGAUGAUUUGGAACUCCCAGAGCCCAAGACUGUCAGUGCCGGUCAGGACUACUAUUUCGAACAGUUUUGCAUUCAACCUAUGCAACUUGAUUUGUCACUGCUGCGAACCGAGGUUGUCAAUGCUGAGGAUAAGACAACUUCCCGAAAUCCUUUGAUGUUUGUACUAAAUGUCUUGACAAUGGCAAUUGGAAAUAUCAACGACGCACCAGUAAAACUCUCGGCAUUGAUGUUUCCAAACGCCAGGGUUUCUAUGCCAGUUCUACAGCAAAGACUCGCGGCACAUUACAGUCAAGAAUUCCUCUAUCAGAUUCACAAUAUUUUGGGUUCAGCAGACUUCUUGGGAAAUCCCGUGGGCCUUUUCAACAACAUUAGUUCUGGUGUUAUUGACAUAUUCUAUGAACCAUACCAGGGAUUUAUCAUGACAGAUCGUCCGCAAGAACUAGGUCUCGGAAUCGCAAAGGGGGCUACUAUGUUUGUGAAGAAGUCGGUAUUUGGCGUGUCUGAUAGCUUUUCCAAAUUUACUGGUAGUAUUUCAAAAGGUCUUUCGGCUGCUACUUUCGACAAACAAUUUCAGGAUCGCAGACGUAUUUCUCGUUCACGUAACCGACCAAAGCAUGCACUCUAUGGUGUCACCCAAGGCGCAAAUUCAUUCAUCACUAGCUUAGCGAGUGGGGUAGGUGGACUGGCACGUAAACCACUUGAAGGGGCGGAGCGCGAAGGAGUUUCCGGAUUUUUGAAGGGAAUUGGCAAAGGGGUGGCCGGCUUUGCUACUAAACCUGUUAUUGGAGUAUUCGAUCUUGCAUCAAAUGUUUCUGAAGGAGUCCGCAACACAACCACAGUAUUUGAUGCAGAUGGCCUAGACCGUGUCCGAUUGACUAGAUAUAUUGGCCAGGACGGCGUUGUUCGGCCUUAUUCUCAGCGAGAGGCUCUUGGCCAAUUUUGGCUGAAGAAUUUGGAUACCGGGAAAUAUUUCAACGAGGAGUACAUUGCACACCUGGAGCUCCCGGAACAGGACGUUGUCGUGAUAUUGACGUAUACCCGCAUAAUGCUUGUCAAGUCGAAAAAGCUAUAUACCGAGUGGGACGUCCAACUCAAGGAUUUGCAGACUAUCAGCAUGGAAAGAACGGGAAUAGUUCUCAUAUUGCGUGGAAAUCGACAGGGUCCAUUUAUUCCAACAAAGGACGAAUCUUCGCGGAAAUUCCUAUUUAAGAAAAUUGGGCUUGCAGUAAAUUCAUUUAACAGUACUGCAGCUCUUUCUUAG